UAAAAGUAAACUUACUUCCCAGUUGUUUAGCCAUAAAUAUAUGAAUUUAUCGUUUUAAUUAAAAGGUAUCUAGUAGAUAUUAUAUUUGCAUAUGAACUUUAUCUUCUUAAUCUGUUUACAUUACACUUGAUUUUCUUAAUGCUUUAUUUAUGACUAUUUCUCUCUAAUAUUAAUAUGAAAAGUUUGGUUUCUAUUCUAUACAGUCAAAUAUUUAUUUUAUUUAAAAAAUGAAUUGCUCGUUAUUUUUAAGCCAGGUGCAAAUUUUAAUGCACGCUCAACAAAUAAAACUAAAUGAAGCAGAUCCAAAUGAUGAUAAAAAUAUGUACAACUGGCUAAGAAAUAAAAAAUACGAUUUAACUUGGAUUUCUUUGAGGCACGAAUUUCUAAUAAGACAAGCCCUUACAAAGAUAUCCUCAGAUCAACAGACUGCAGUUAUUAAAGAACUAGUAAAUUACACUGAAAGUAAUGAGAAUUUAGAUCCAUCAAGGAUUCCAGAAAUAUGCUUAGACAUAUUAAACAAGACCAUCACUUCUGAGAUAGUGCAAACAGAAAGCUUAAGACGUGCCAGCACAUUCAGAAGAAGUAUCCGGAUGUCUAUAAGAUCCAAUAGAGUCUCUCCAAGUACUUUAAUGAUGCGUACUGAUCAAAACAACGAGAAGAAAUCGGUAACAUUUUGUGAAAAUCCUAAAAUUUAUUCUAUAUACAACUAAAAAGGGGGAAAACGUUCACACCAAUCUAAAAUCUCUAA